AUGGAAUGCUCUCGCCGAAACAAGGAUGCGCCAGGCCAGCCCUUCGGAACGAGCCUAAUUCACCGCUUGCGACCCUGCAGAGCGCCCCUCGUGUGGAACCAUGACCUGGGGACUCAUGACCGCCCAACGUCACAGAACAUGGCUUUUUGCCCUCCUCGGCUCACUUGCUUUGGCGGCUGGCCGGUUCCUGUGCCAUGCUGGGUGCGGCCAAGUCGCCAUGUUACUUCCGACCUCGGAACGAAUGGGAAGGGAACGGAAUCAUCGCCUACACAGUAG